GUAACACUUCAGCCGCCUGUCAACAACUAUCCCGUCUCUCCAGGCCUCCCAAUCGUAUAAUAUCUCCGUGAUACUUAAAACACACAGACAAGAGGUGACAAGAGGAGGAUGAGCCCCGUGCAACAAGUGGUGGUGAUGGUGAUGGUGAUGGUGGUGGUGGUGUGGGCGGAAGCUAAGAUGUUUAUACUGGAGGGGCUGGGUGUGUGUGGUGAUGACCUGGCGAAGUUCCCCAUCCACAGCUGUAUCCUCUGUGCCACCCACUGUACCCAUAACGGACUGUGUGAAGGGUUCAGCUUCCAGAAGAACUUGGCCAACGAGAUGGAUUCAGCUGGUCAAUGUCGCCUCCACCAGCUGCUCACAGAACCAGAUGGCGCUUCUGACACCAUCUGUUACAAACCCGUUUAUCCCGCAACUCCUCCACCUCCGCCCAGUACUACUGCCGACCCAGCAGCGGUGACCACAACACUGUCGGCGUCACCAACAUCCAUGGCAGACAUCAGCAACACACAUACGGCAAACGUCAAGACCAAGGCAAUGUGUAACGCCAAUGCCGGUGCACUGGGGAUCUAUCAGGAUUCAACAUCGUUUUUCCUAAUUUGUAAAAACCAUCCCAACGAAUUACCCUUUAAUAUAAAUCAACCAACAGAUGAAUGCGUCAACACCGGGGACUAUAUGCAAUGUAUGUCAGUAACCUGCACGGGCAACAACAUCAUCAAUGGGUUUCGUCAAGCAACGUUCCCGGUGGAGGGCCCCUGUAGCAGUAAUUUCAUUGCUUCGAUAACUAGUCUGGACCUAACUGACUGCCACACUGUAUCUGGCGCCAUGCAGACCCAGCCAGCGAACUCAGAUGGCUGGACACAGUGGAGGAUCUGCCCAGGAGACACCACCAGUUUCUACGUCAUGACUGGAGUACAGGUCACUGACUUGGGUAGUGGUGAGUGGUCACUCGACAGCAUCACCUGCUGCCUCAUUCGGCGGCUCGUGUAAUUAAUACACACACCACCUGGGUAACCAUAUGUUCGAUGUGUGUGUCACUAUGUAGGUACUACCAUUACUAC